GUUAUAUUGCCAGAAAUGUCAAAUCAUUUGUAAACAUGUUAGGUUUGUUUAUAAAAAUAUCUCUUUAAUUUUACAUUUUCACAGUCAAAAUUUAUAAGCCUUACUUAUAUUCAAUCAGGUAACUAAGACCUUCCUGCGAUGUCAGUCAAUCAGAACACGCCGAGCAGCAAGCACCAACAGAAGGAAAAGAAGCGUGGCUCAAUGAUCCGUCCUCAAAGUGGCAUCAUAGACACUGACUAUUUCACAGGGUUCAGGUCCGAUUUAGAAAAUGAAACAAUCAGUCCCACGUACAAGAUCAAAUUAUACACUCUGUUCAAGCAAAUUGAAAAGGAAUUUGAUUUAUUAUAUCAGGAAAAUCAGAACUUGCAUGAUAAAAUAGACAUAUUGAAAGAAAAGAUAGAUAGGGAUCCCUUCGAUAAACCAGACUGUGUGGAUUUUGAAAAUAAUUUUUCAAAAGUAUUAAGUAAAAAAUUAAGUUCCUCGUCGCAAAAAUCCAAGACUGCCCACAAAUUGAAAGCACAGACAAGUAAAAUAGUUUCAAGCUUUAAGACCCCGAAUUUCAAUUGCGCUUUAUUGAAGGAGUACAGUGGGCACAAGGAUGGUGUGUGGGAGGUUUCUGUGGCGAGACCUGGAGUUCCCGUCAUCGGAACCGCAUCUGCUGAUCACAAUGCUUGCAUUUGGAGUGUGGACAGUACGAGGUGUUUACUUCAGUACCAGGGCCACUCAGGAUCGGUGAAUUCGAUUCGAUUUCAUCCCAGUAAAGAUCUAGUGCUCACCGGAAGUGGAGACAAUACCGCACACAUUUGGCAAGCCGCUCUUAACUGGGAUUUACCAAAGGGUCACUCUUCAGAAGAAGAAUUAGAAUGUGGAGAGGAACCAGACACGGAUAGAUUGUCUGAUUUAAAUCAACAGAAAGUUUCGUCACUUCGAACUCCAUUUAUUGAACUGGGCGGUCAUACAGGGGCAGUUUCUGCUGCCGAUUGGUUGUCGGGGGCGGAACAAGUAAUCACUGCUUCUUGGGAUAGAUCGGCUCUCAUGCACGAUGUCGAAACUGGCAGGAUCUUGACCACUUUUACAGGUCAUGAUCAAGAAUUGACGUACACAGCGGCCCAUCCUUCGCAGAAAUUAGCAGUAACCGCUUCGCGGGACACAACUUUCCGUUUGUGGGACUUCAGAGAGAUUUCGCCUUUGGUCUCCGUUUUUCAAGGACACACCGAAAGCGUAACAUCAGCCGUUUUUACACGCGAAGAUAAGGUGGUGUCCGGCUCGGAUGACCGCUCAGUCAAGGUAUGGGACUUACGAAACAUGCGUUCGCCUGCUUCAACAAUUCGCGUUGACUCAGCCGUCAAUCGCCUGUCUGUAUCAUCCAACGGUGUAGUGGCCAUACCACACGACAAUCGCCACGUUCGCUUAUUCGACUUGAGUGGACAGCGACUUGCACGCCUCCCUCGAUCGAAUCGGCUUGGACACAAUCGCAUGGUGGCGUGCUGCGCAUGGGUAGAAGAUCCAGUAAAUUCAGUCAAUUUGUUCACGUGUGGUUUCGACAGGAGAGUAUUUGGUUGGUCGGCGUGUUCAAUGAAGGACUGAGAUUUUUUGGUUUAAUGAGGUGGGGUCAAUUGAUUGGUUGGCACCAGUCAGGGUCAAAUUAACGUUCGUGAUUUUUUUCACUUUGUUUGUCUAAAUGAAUCCGUAAAAAGUUUUGUAUUUAAAGUAUUACUGUCUAUAAUAUAUAGAUUCUAUACUAUAGCUUUGUUGGUUUUGUUUUUUUAUAAAAAGCAUUUUCUAAUAAGGAUUUAUAGAAUUAUUUCAGAUUACUUUAGAAAUGGUAAAUUAAAUCAAUAUUAUAGGGUCGGCUUCGGUGGCAUGGAUUACUUGCAGAUUACUGCUGAAACAAAGAUAGUGUUUUUCUGAUACAAUUGUUUUUAAUAUAGGUUGGAAUUUUUAAUUUAAGUAUAAAAUAUAAUGAACUAUUCUCAUUUAUUAGAGUUGUAAUGCAAGAGUUAAUUAUGGGCCAAUGUUGCCAAAUGAUCAAUUCCUGAUAAUACUGUAAACUGUAAUUGUAAAACUAAAAAUUUAUCAUAUUUUCUGAAUUUAUUGAAAGUUUUAUCUCUAUUACUUAGCUUAAUAAAUAAAUAAUAUAUUAUAAUUGUGAUGUUUUCUGCAAAUUAACAUGUAAUUAAUAUUUAAAAAUUUCAUUGCACUUGUUAAUAUAUUUUCUAGUCACACGUAAAACACGAGUAGUUUCUACGUUGAUAAAAUUUGAAGUGAUGAAAAAUGUCAAUAUUUGACGAAUUAUUGUUUAUUUUAGUGCCAUUUUUAUGGUGAAUAUUUUUUGUAGGCAUUUAAAACUCAAUUAAAUAUAAAUACAGUUUGUA